AAAUGCUUUAGAUGCUCUUAAACUCCUAUUUCAAACUAUGUAUCGUUGAUCAUAGUCUAAUUUAAUUUUAUACUUGGAAAUUUGGCAUUUGUGUGUUUUCAGUUUUUGGUUUGAUAAACUUGAAAUAGUAGUUUGUUUUUGUGAGCAAAACAGUAGGUCUUAGGUGGGAUUGAGUGGUUAAAAUGCUCUUUAGCGGUGGUGGACACCUUCAGCAGUACAGCGUAACUCAUCUAAAAACUUCUAAAACUCUGCGUCUGACAUUUGGAAGUUUAGUGAAGUUUCUUUCUAUAAUUAAGAACAAUAAUUGACAACAAUAUGUAUUUACAUGUCUUUAAGUUGAGAUGCAUAGGGAAUACCCUACUGUAGCUUAAAUUACUGAAGCAUGAAAAUGACCUUUAACAGACACAGGUUUGCUACAUAGGGUGUGAUUCUUUCCUGUUUACUCACCAGGGAAAUAAACAACGAGGGGGCUCAAUGUAAUACAUCCUAUAUGUUCAUUAGAACAGAAGGAUACUGCAGGGUGAUAUAUUACAUCUUUCUAAUCCCAGGUGUCUAUAACUAACACCAAAGGGAUUUAAAAGGAAAAGGUUAUAUUAUUUUACACUAUUGCUGCUGUAUGUAGGAGAUAUAUGAUCUUUUUGAUGAUCUAUAUAUAAAUCAAAUGUAAAACCUUUAUUUUCAAGAACAACAAGGAAAAAAGAGGAAUUGGCAAAGCAAUUAUAAGAUGCAGUACUAACAGGAAGUCAAAUUUCAGCUUAUCAGCAGUGUAAGAUUUACAUUCAAGUGAAGUGAAUUUAGCGACAUGGCUGUUGCACACACCGCUGUCUUUGAGCUGUACACAGAUGGGGAGAAUUCGACAUUUGAAUACAAUUAUGGAAAUGACAUGGCCCCUUCGGUCUGUGAUGACGAGGGGAUUUCCCUGCGGACCUUCCAACCUGUGCUGUACAGCUUGAUCUUCCUGCUGGGGGUGUCAGGCAAUGGUCUGAUGACAACAGUCCUCCUGAGACGACGGCACCACCUGCGCAUAACAGAGAUCUACCUGCUGCACCUUGCCUUGGCGGACCUCCUGCUCCUUUUCACGUUUCCUUUUGAUGUAGUCAACGCCGCCGCCGGUUGGCUGUUUGGGGAAUUUCUCUGCAAGCUGACGGGCCUGGUGCAAAAUCUUAACCUCCACUGUGGGAGUUUCCUUUUGGCUUGCAUUGGGUUUGAUCGCUAUUUGGCCGUCGUUCACGCCAUUCCAAGGAUGCAAAGUAGAUGUCCGAAAACAGUGCACCGAACAUGCAUUGCACUGUGGCUGGUCUGUCUGGGGUUAUCUGUACCGAAUGCUGUGUUUCUUUCUGUGAAGGAGGUCGGAGGACAGGUCUCCUGUUUCUAUCAUGAUUAUGGUAUCCAUGCAAACAACUGGGUUUUGACCAAUACAGUGUUAAAUCACGUGUGCUUCUUCAUUCCACUGGCCGUCAUGAGCUAUUGUUACGCAGCAGUGGUAGUUACAUUGUGCCGCAGUCAGAAAAGCCAAGCAAAGCAAGGCGCAAUUAGACUGUCUUUACUUGUCACGCUGGUCUUUUUCUUCUGUUGGCUGCCAUACAAUGUCACCAUACUGAUCAAAACAAUGGUAGACCUGAGCGUUAUCUCACAACAGGCCUGUGAACAUUACAUCCUACUGCUAUCAGUCCUCGAUGUGACAAAAAGCAUCGGCCUCUCACACUGUUGCCUGAACCCUUUCUUGUAUGCCUUUGUUGGGGUACGUUUUCGCCAGGAGCUGAUACACUUGCUUUGUGAAGAGGGAUGCAGCAACGUUUGCUCCCCUUUUCUCCGAGCCCAGGGUCAUAGUCGACCAUCCAUUUCUGACAGAGCAACGACCACCAGCACCAUGCGAAUACAAUGAGCUUUUGUAAAAUGUCAGAUGAAACUAAGAUCCUUCCGUUCUACAGUGAUGCAUUUGUACAGUAAUGAUGGAUUUUAAAUUUGCAUUUUAAAAGACGUUUUAUUUAACCAGUCAAGAAAGUUUUGAAUCUUUUUUUGCUUGUACUUCAGCUACUGCUUAUUAAAUUCAAUAAAGAGUUCAUAAAAUAUACA